AUGGGUAUCGUUGUACCAGCACCCUCAUCAACGAUGAUGAUAUUAAAUUCGACAAAUAAUAACAAUAAUAAUAAUAAUAAUAAUAAUAACAAGAGUAACGUAAUAUUGUUUUUACCUUUAUGUAAUGACAAUAACAAUAAUAUAGUUAAAAAUAAUGAUGAUAAUGUCAGCAUUAGUGUCCACAGUGAGCGAAAUAUAUAUUUUUUAUUAAAAAAUAUGACUACUCAAGAUGGUGGUGGUGGUGGUGGUGGUGGUGAUGAUGAUAAUGAUAAUUCAAUUUUAAAUUUAACAUGUCUGGAUCACGCACCGAAUUUGACUAAUCGAGCGGUUAUAAAAGCUGUAGUACUUGGUAUUAUGGCGGGAUUUAGUUUAAUUGCCAAUGCUAUAACUAUAUACUCUAUUAUUAAAAAUCGACGAAAGCAUAAUCAAGGAUAUUCUGCUAUUUACACACUGAUAUUACAUUUAUCUAUUGCUGAUUUAUUGGUAACGAUAUUUUGCAUUGCCGGUGAAGCAUUGUGGAGUUACACUGUUGCCUGGAUAUGGGGAAACAUCACAUGUAAAUUAUUCAAGUUCUUGCAGAUGUUUAGUUUAUAUUUGAGCACAUUUGUCUUAGUCCUUAUUGGAUUGGACAGAUUUCUUGCUGUUAAAUACCCAAUCAAGAGUCUUAACAAAAUAGAUCGAUGCACCAAGCUUGUACUUAUUACCUGGAUUAUUUCAUUUAUUCUCAGUAUUCCUCAGCUAAUAAUAUUUCAUGUAGCACGUGGCCCUUUUAUUGAGGAGUUUUCUCAGUGCGUAACUCAUGGAUUUUACACUCACGUCUGGCAGGAACAACUCUACACUACUCUAAGUCUUAUUUUUAUGUUCAUAUUACCUCUUACUGUACUUGUCGUUACUCAUGUAUCAACAGUUAAAACAAUAUCACGAAGUGAAAAAUCAUUCAAGUCUGAGGCUAAAAAUAAUAAUAAUAAUAAUAAUAAUAAUAAUAUUAAAAAAAAUUUAAUAACCGGAGAUUUAAAUCGACGUAGACUAAUGCAUCGGGCUAAAAUAAAAUCCUUGCGAAUUAGUAUUGUAAUUGUGACGGCUUUCGUUAUAUGUUGGACACCUUACUAUAUAAUGAUGAUAAUAUUUAUGUUUCUCGAUCCCGAUGAACACCUAAGCCAAGAUUUGCAAAGUGGAAUAUUUUUCUUUGGUAUGAGUAAUAGUCUCGUAAAUCCAGUGAUAUACGGAGCAUUUCAUCUCUGGCCGCAGAAAAAAUCUCAUCAAAAAUUUUGUCAGAGAAAGGGUUCAAUGAUACACCACAGGAGCACAACAACCCACACAAAUUUUACAUUGCUGACACGGGAUUAUAGCACACGUGUUAUUAUUCGGAAUCCCGGUGAGUUUUCUGCUUCGACAGAAACAACCAUAAAACAACCAUCGGAUAACUUUAAUGAAAUAUCCCGUCCAAUUCAAGAGACAGUACUGGAUACG